AUUCACUUCACUCUGCACCGGCUAGUUCAACACUUCAAACUCAUGAUUUCAUAUGAAUCACUCAGACACGCCGCCUAUGCUGAAAACUUUUCAACUGAAAGUCUCGAAUCAUUCAUUCUGACACGGAUAAACGACAGGUCCAUGAUGGAUUUACUGGCACUUCUGGGUGUUUUUAGUCAGAGUGCUUUAUUAUCGCUGCUGGCAUGUUUAAUGCUCAUGCUCUUCUGGUGGCGAUCUUGUCAGCGGCAGUUACCGGGUCCGUUUCCGUGGCCGUUAAUCGGUAACGCCGCUCAGCUCGGCAAUUCGCCUCACUUUUACUUCACCCAGAUGGCUCAGAAAUACGGCGACGUGUUUCAGAUCAAACUGGGCAGUCGAACUGUGGUGGUUCUGAACGGGGAAGCGAUCAAAGAGGCGUUGAUCAAAAAAGCCGUCGAUUUUGCCGGCAGACCCGAUUUCGCGUCGUUCCGAUUCGUGUCCGGGGGGAAAAGUAUGGCGUUCGGAAACUACAGCCAGUGGUGGAAAGUACAUCGCAAGGUCGCUCACAGCACCGUGAGAACCUUCUCCACGGCCAACAUCCACACCAAGCAGACGUUUGAGAAGCACAUCGUGAGUGAGAUCGGAGAGCUGAUUCAUCUGUUUCUGAACAAAACUCGCGAGGAGAAAUACUUCGAGCCGCACAGUUAUCUGGUGGUGUCGGUGGCGAACAUCAUGAGCGCCGUGUGCUUCGGAAACCGAUACUCGUAUGAUGAUGCAGAGUUUAAGCAGGUGGUGGGGAGAAAUGAUCAGUUCACGAAGACAGUUGGAGCUGGAAGCAUCGUGGAUGUGAUGCCCUGGCUGCAGUACUUCCCAAAUCCGAUCAAAACUCUCUUUGAGCAGUUUAAAGAGUUCAACAAGGAGUUUAAUGAGUUCAUUCAUUCCAAAGUGGAUGAGCACCGCAAGACAAUUUCGUUGAGCGUCAUCCGUGAUAUGACCGACGCAUUCAUCUUUGCUCUGGAUAAAGGUUUGUCCGGGGGCCCGGGGGUCUUCCUGGAUAAAGAGUUUGUGCCACCGACCAUGGGAGACAUUUUUGGGGCUAGUCAAGACACUCUAUCGACAGCUCUGCAGUGGAUAAUUCUGUUACUGAUCAGGUAUCCAGAAGUUCAGAAACGUCUGCAAGAGGAUGUCGACCGAGUGGUGGAUCGCAGUCGCCUUCCAACCAUUGCAGACCAGCCCCAUCUUCCGUACAUCAUGGCCUUCAUCUACGAGGUCAUGCGAUUCACCUCGUUCAUCCCCGUAACAAUUCCCCACAGCACGACCACAGAUACGUCCAUCAAUGGCUAUCCCAUCCCCAAAGACACAGUCAUUUUCGUCAACCAAUGGUCUUUGAACCAUGACCCGACCAAAUGGGAUCAGCCAGAGGAAUUCAAUCCACAGCGCUUCCUGGACGAGGAUGGAGCUCUCAACAAGGACGUAACCACCAAUGUGCUGAUUUUCUCUGUAGGGAAGCGCAGGUGCAUUGGAGAGGACUUGUCUAAAAUCCAGCUCUUCCUCUCUACCUCGUUACUAGUCCAUCAGUGUAAUUUCACAGUAGAUAGGACUCCCAGUAUGGACUAUAUGUAUGGGCUUACACUUAAGCCAAAAGCAUUCAAAAUGGCUGUCACGCUCCGUGACAAUGCAGAACUUCUGGAGAACUUGGCAGGAGAAUCUCAAACUCCUACACAAAAGAGACAAAGACCUCAAGUUUGAAGUGAAAUCAAAGCACACAGUUAAAAGACUAAAACCGUGCCAAAUGAAGGUGGCUAAGAAAACAAACACUGAAGAAAAUGUCAAAGCACAGCUGAAUACCAGCAUGUGUGAAUAAAUAUCAAGAUAUUUAUAGACAUCAUGCUCAGGCAAAAAACAAAAAAACAAACAAAAAACAAACAAACAAAAAAUUCUUUACCAGAAUGAGCUACAGAAAAGCAUUUGUUCAUCAAAAUGUCAUUACAUGAUGCACUGAUUUACUGUAUAUUCAACAAGAGUAGCAAAGCAGAACCUAUACAACGAGUCCAGUCAGUUCUCACUGACAUUAUAUGGUAGUUUAUUCUAUUAAAAAAAAUUAAUAGCAUCCAUGUUUGAUUUACAAGAUUAUUGAGACAUUUAGAAACUUAGCAUUAUUCAGAUAAGAGAUGUGUUUUGCAGUGAGGCCAAAAGAAUUAGAAUUGAAGGUAGUGCUUACAAAAAUUGCAUGGUUAAAGUCAAUGUGAAAUUUUGUUUGCAACCCAUUUUGCUUCCGUAAUUUGGCAUAUUUCUGAGCGAAAAAGGAUAUUAAUCAUGAAAAAAAAAUCUAUGGCGGGACUUGAUCCAUCAAGAAUUUACUAUAUUGUGAGAAGUGUGGCAUAUCAGAAUAAAGCCAGGUGUUUGGAGAGGAAGGGUUGAAAAUUAAGAGGAUUCAUGAUGUCAACCAGAAAGUAGAGAUGUUGCAAGUUUUUACAUUUUUGUAAAAGGUUACAAAGACAAACUGUUUUGUAUUUGGAAUGGCAUGCACUGGUUUCACAGAAUCACGUUACUAUACCUACAUUUUUGCAAAAUAAUUUUUACAUGGCUCAUUGUACGUAUCGCAGCAUUUUACUGGUGAAAUGUCCACUAGAGGCGCUGCAACAACAAUGACUUUUAUUCACUUUCACACAAAUCAUGAGUUAAAUGGCAGAUGAUCAUUUAUUAAGCAUUUACUUUUCACCCUGUUCCUCACACAAUGCUAUCUUAUGACUGUGAGACCAGAGAUCCAAGUGUGGAGGCAAACAAGACUGUAUUUAGUAAACUCAGCAGAGCUGGGGAAACCCGGCACCGACUGCAGCAGGGCGAUGGAGAGUGUGUUCGUAGGCUUGUGUGCAUCAUGGUAGUGUGGAGAGCAGAGUCGAUGUAGGGCGAGGAGAAGAAUCAGAUACAGUUGAAGUCAGAAGUUUACAUACACCUUAGCCAAACAUAUUUAAACUCAGUUUUUCAAAAUUCCUGACAUUUAAUGUUAGAAAACAUUCCCAGUCUUAGGUCAGUUAGGAUCACUACUUUAAGAAUGUGAAAUGUCAGAGUAACAGCAGAGAGAAUAAUAUUUUUCAGCUUUUAUUUCUUUCAUCACAUUCCCAGUGGGUCAGUCAUUUACAUACACUUUGUUAGUAUUUGGUAUCAUUGCCUUUAAAUUGUUUAACUUGGGUCAAAUAUUUUGGGUAGCCUUCCACAAGCUUCUCACAAUAAGUUGCUGGAAUUCUGGCCCAUUCCUCCAGACAGAACUGGUGUAACUGAAUCAUGUUUGAAUUCCUCCUUGCUCACAAAUGCUUUUUCAGUUCUGCACACAAAUUUCCUAUCGAAUUGAGGUCAGGGCUUUGUGAUGGCCACUCCAAUACCUUGACUUUGUUGUCCUUAAGCCAUUUUGCCACAACUUUGGAGGUAUGCUUGGGGUCAUUGUCCAUUUGGAAGACCCAUUUGCGACCGAGCUUUAACUUCCUGGCUGAUGUCCUGAGAUGUUGCUUCACUAUUUUGUGAAGUGCACAGUCCCUCCUGCAGCAAAGCACCCCCACAACAUGAUGCUGCCACCCCCAUGCUUCAUGGUUGGGAUGGUGAUCUUCAGCUUGCAAGCCUCACCCUUUUUCCUCCAAACAUAACGAUGGACAUUAUGGCCAAACAGUUCAAUUUUUGUUUCAUCAGACCAGAGGACAUUUCUCCAAGAUCGUUGUCCCCAUGUGCACUAGCAAACUCUAGUCUGUUUUUUUUUUAUGGCGGUUUUGGAGCAAUGGCUUAAUCCUUGCUGACCAGCUUUUCAGGUUAUUUCAAUAUAGGACUCGUUUUACUGUGGAUAUAGAUACUUGUAUACCGGUUUCCUCCAGCAUCUUCACAAGGUUUUUUGCUGUUGUUCUGGGAUUGAUUUGCACUUUUUAAACCAAACUACAUUCAUCUCUAGGAGACCGAAUGUAUCUCCUUCCUGAGUGGUAUGAUGGCUGCGUAGUCCCAUGGUGUUUAUACUUGGGUACUGUUGUUUGUACAGAUGAAUGUGGUACCUUUAGGUGUUUAGAAAUUGCUCCCAAGGAUGAACCAGACUUGUGGAGGUCCACAAUUUUUUUUCUGAGGUCUUGCUGAUUUUUUUUUACUUUUGAGUUUGAAGGUAGGCCUUAAAAUACAUCCACAGGUACACCUUCCUAUUGACUCCAAUUAGCCUAUCAGAAGCUAAUUGGCUUGACAUCAUUUUCUGGAAUUGUACAAGCUGCUUAAAGGCACAGUUAACUUAGUGUAUGUAAACUUCUGACACACUGGAAUUGUGAUAUAGUCCAUUAAAAGUGAAACAAUCUGUCUGUAAACAAUUGUUGGAAAAAUUACUAGUGUCAUGCACAAAGUAGAUGUCCUAAACGACUUGCCAGAACUAUAGUUUGCUAACAUGAAAUCUGUGGAUUUGUUAAAAAAUGAGUUUUAAUGACUUCAACCUAAGUGUAUGUAAACUUCUGACUUCAACUGUAUCAGUGCACCUGACAGGAAGGUAAGCACAUUUUAGGCGCACAGGCAGGGACUGGCAACCAGUUCGGAAAACAUGAAACAAGACCGACUAGGGCAGAGAGAGCGAGGUGAGUAAAGGCCGAAACUUCACGCAAGUACGCAAAUGCAGACACGAGCACUUGGACAACACAUGGCCAACGUGUGGUCCCGUUGUACAUACAUUACAUGCGCUCUGGCAUUGCUCUGGCAGUUACAAACCUCAGACCACAAGAGGGCAAUAGAUAAUAAAAAUAAUUUUUUAGGCGUGACCAUGAAACCGGUGCUGUGUCCAAAACCAGUAUUUUAUAGAUCCAUGUCCGAAACCAGGAAAAUGUUGCCUUCGGAGGCAGGAUGAAAAUAAGGUGCUUUUCAAACUGUUUGGAGACCAGUUCCUUAAGCGUUCCAUUAAUUCAAAACAGCUGUCAGUUAAGCCAUACUGAUUAGGCAGCAAGUCAGCUGCCUACGUAUUUGGAUGCAGCCCAGAUGUGGUAGAUGAGUCGAUAGUUGAGAAGUGGGGAGAGACACGGAGCAAAAACAAGAUCGCUUGAAUGGACUGUGGACAAAUGUCAUAUAUAUUUUUUUAGAAAAGAUUCAACUCAAAUUGCUGCCCGAGUCCGCCAUGACAGUUGUUGAUUGAAAGAAGAAAAUCCACUCUAGGGUCCCUUGCGGCAAUGCUGAGAAUGCAGCAUGUACUUGUGUUGGGUUAUGAAUUGAGCGUUGACACAUUUCACAACACAACAACAUGUGAAAUCAUGCUUGCGUAGCAAGGUGCUUCUGCAUUCACGUACUUAUGUUUGGGCUUUAACUCAACACACAACAACAAUCUAGCAAAGAACACAAAACAGAGCGGAGCAAAUAUAGGCAGAAAGCAAAUCACAAUCAGGUGCUGCUUGCUUGCAGAAAGUGGAAUAAACAGUGUCACCAUGGAAACAACCAGCAUCCCAUGAGGAAGCUGAUUCCAUGAGCCGAGCGACACCUGACACACAUGAGAAGAAAUGUAAACACAGGAGGAACAACCCCACGGACUCACCGACCAUGACAAUGACAUCAAAACACUUUGACGAUAGUGCAUGACUUGUGCACUAUACAUGUUUGCCUCAGAAAUUGCAUUUUUAAUUUUUUUUUAUUUAAAACUCAAUAGAGCAUAACCUUAAAAAAACUUUUAAAAAUGUACUCGCUUUUAGCGCCACACAGUGGAUAGCCACGUUCAAGAGACUGCAAUAUUAUGUAGUGCUUAUGUAGUGCUUGAUAAUGUAGGACCUCAGGUUAAACCUGCCUGCGUGUCUCUACAGUAAUUAAGACCAAAUAUGUGCAUUAAAAACAGUAAAUUGUGUCGAUUUUAAUUUUACUUUGACAAACAUAGUUCUUUUUGGAAUGUACAGAUACAGUGACAGCUAUGUCACCACUCUGUUAUUACUUUUAAAUGACUGCAACACAAGUUUAUUUUUCUUUAGCUGUUUUUGAGGGUACUUUAGUUCGAACUAGCCCUGUGCUGCAUUGAUAACAUCACUAUAUGAUGCUCAUCAAAUGAGAAAUUUGUACAUUAUAAUCUUGCAACACUUUACACAUUGUUCCUCUUUAAUUAUUAUGCUCCUUAAAAGUGUUUCCUGAUUCUCAAUUCACCUUUACUGAGGUCUGUGCAUUGUUAUUAUAGACUUCUUAGCAUUAAUCUAUAAUUAACAAAUAACAAAGGUGGGUUUUACACAGUCCACUUCCAUUGUGUUCCCUUAAUCUCCCUCCCAAUCAAACAUUGUCUAGAUAAUUUUGCAGCCUGAGUGGUGCAAGUCACAAGAAUUCUUUGGAUGGUGAAACUAUUGUGGGCAUAUUUCUAUUUUUUGAGUUGAAUGUGAUAUUUCAUACACUACCGGUCAAAAGUUUUGAAACACUUGACUGAAAUGUUUCUCAUGAUCUCAAAAAUCUUUUGAUCUGAAGGCGUAUGCUUAAAUGUUUGAAAUUAGUUUUGUAGACAAAAAUAUAAUUGUGCCACCAUAUUAAUUUAUUUAAUUAUAAAACUAAACUUUAAUUAAAAAUAGAAAGUUUUUGAAAUGGAUGACUUGGACCAAAUAAUAAAGAAAAGCAGCCAAUAAGUGUCCAACAUAGAUGAGAACUCCUUCAAUACUGUUUAAAAAGCAUCCCAGGGUGAUACCUCAAGAAGUUGGUUGAGAAAAUGUCAAGAGUACAUGUCUGCAAAUUAUAGGCAAAGGGUGACUACUUUGAAGAUGCUAAAAUAUAACACAGUUUUGAUAUAUUUAGGAUUUUUAGUCACAACAUAAUUCCCAUAGUUCCAUUUAUGUAAUUUUUAUUACUAUUAUUCUAAAAUGUGAAAAACAAUUAUAAUAAAGAAUGAGUAAGUGUUUCAAAA